AAAUUGUGUGAGAUCGUGCGUGUGUGUGUGUGUUCAUAUUUUCUACAUUUUUGUAAAUUAUUUUUUAUACAAGUUUUUCUUUUUAAUUUUUAUUUUUUAUUUAAUUUACACUAAAAAUAUACAAUAUAAAAUUAAUAAAACGAGAGUAAUAAAACUACCACAUAGUGCCUCAAAUAAAAAACGAAAAAAUCUUAACAAAAAUUUGUUAAUGAUUUAAAAAAAAGUGAAGAAAGAAAAUAUCUAGAAAAAAGAAAAACAAAGAAAGCAAAGAAAGAAAACACAGUUAACAAGAGUGAAAAAUUCAUUAGAAAAAUGUCGAAAAAUAAAUUUCAUACAUUACCGAAUGCAGAUACACAUAUCGUGGAAGUGAAAUCAAAGUUCGACGCUGAAUUCCGACGAUUUGGACUGAAACGUACCGAAGAACCACCAAGUUUUGAAAAUUUCAAUGCUCUCGUCAAACAGCUACACGGUCUAGCCAAUUUACCCUUCCUAAUACGUUACAUCGAUCCACGCGAUCAUGAGCUGCUGCCCAUUAACAACGAUGACAAUUUUGGCAGAGCUCUCAAGACAGCGCAACCGAUUUUGCGCAUCAUCAUACAACGUGAAGAGGACAUCGAAUAUGGACUACCGAAACUACAACGCGGUAAUUUCAAUUUAAUCGGCAUGCUGAGUCAGACACCGAACAAAACGAGAGCACCACCAAUUUCAAUGCCACAAGAUUUUCGUCAGGUAUCGGCUAUUAUUGAUGUCGAUAUUGUACCGGAAACACACAGACGUGUACGUUUGCUAAAACAUGGCAGUGAUAAGCCAUUGGGUUUCUAUAUACGUGAUGGUACAUCAGUGCGUGUUACCCCCAAUGGUUUGGAAAAACAACCGGGUAUAUUUAUAUCACGUUUAGUGCCGGGUGGUUUGGCGGAAAGUACUGGUUUAUUGGCCGUCAAUGAUGAGGUUAUAGAAGUUAAUGGUAUUGAAGUGGCAGGAAAGACAUUAGAUCAGGUUACCGACAUGAUGGUGGCCAAUAGCUCAAAUCUUAUUAUCACCUUUAAACCGGCCAAUCAACGUACCUUAACCUCUCCGCGUCGUGGUUCCUUUUCACGUACUAGUCAAUUGUCUAGUGGUUCGCAUCACACUAAUCAUACCAACACAUCCGAUGAAUUGGAACAAGAUGAUCAAGAUGAGAUUGUAGACUUAACCGGUGUAACAUUAGAUGAUAAUACCGGUAGCGGUGGUGGCGGCAGUAGUGCUAACGGUGAUGGUGUCUUACAUCUUUGAGUCACAAACAACAACAUCAGCAACAACAUGUAAUUGUAAUGUUUAAUAUCAUUUAUUAUUUUUAUUUGAUUUUCUUUUUAUUUAUCUUUUUUUAAGAUUUCCUUUUUUUAAUUUAAAUUAUGAGGUUCCAAAUUUGUCUGUCCGUUUGAGUUAAGUUUUCAAAGUAUUAUUUCCGAACAUGUUAAAACGAUAUGUAUUAUUAGGACUUUAUUAGUGUCUCUUUAAAGUUUAUUGACAAUCGCAAGUUUUUCUGUUUUAUUGAAUAAAAUAAGAAACACUUCUUUUUUAUUUAUUGAAAAUUUUAGCAAAAGUGUUUUUACUUUUGUAGUAUAAAUUGCAUGCGAAAACUUUAGAUAAAACAUUUAAGGCAGAAUAAUUUUUGUUUUUUUAAGAAAAAGAAGGGAAAGUUUUUGUUUCGUUAGUAUUAGCAGGAUUUUGUUUAAGAAAAAUUUGAUUUCUAAUAUAUAGGGUGAUAUUUUGUUGUUCAGUAAGAUUUAUUCUUUUUAAAACUGUUAUACAGAGGUAUUUUUACAGAUAGAUGCAGCUAUACACAAACUUUUUAGGGAAAUAUAGUUUUUUCUAUUGAGUAAACUGCUAUAACGAUUUUUUGUUAAUAAAACUUUAUUUUCUUGCAGUGUUAUAUAGAAAUUAUGUUGAAAAUUCUAUAAAGUAUAACUGUUAUACAUAAGUUUUUUAAUAGAAAAAAAACUAUUAACUUUAAAACAAAUGUUAAAUAAAAACUGUUACGUUAUCUUCAAAAAUAACAGUUUUACUUAAAAUUUUCUAUCGAUAAAACUGUUAUAAUAACUUCCUAUGGAUUUAGUCUUAUACACACAUCUUUUUACAAAAAAGUUUUAUAAUACUUGCAAUUUUCAAUAGAAUAAACUAUUAUAGUCUCAUUUUUGUAUAGAGCAAAAACCGAUAUUUUUUAAUAGAAUAAAACUGUACUACUAAAGUUUUCUAUAGAAAACUUUGUUAUACUAAAAUGUUAAAUUAAAAACUAAAAAACUGUUAUAUUAAAAAUUUUUCUUUAAAAAAACAUUAAUGUAGAAAAAUUUCAAUCGAUAAAACUGUUAUACUGAUAUUUUCUAUGAAAAAAAACUGUUAUACUGAAAAUUUUAUGUAAAAAUGUGUUAUACAGAUACUUUUCUAUAGAAAACUCUGUUAUAAUAAACUGUUCUGCAGUAUUUUUUUUAUAGAAAGUUCUGUUAUACUUAAAUUUUCUAUUGAAAAAUAGUUAUACAGCCAUUUUCUAUCUAAAAAACUGUUAUACUGAAUGUUUUUUCCAUAAAAAACUGUUAUACUAAAAUGUUUCUUUGUGUUUUUGGUGGAAAUAACUGUUAUACAUAUAUAUUUUUCUAUAGAAAAACUGUUAUACAAGUCAAUUUUAGUAAAAAAUCAGUUAGUGUAUAAUAUGUAGACACUUUUCUAAAAAAAACUGUUAAAUUGAAAUUUUAUAUGAAAAAAAGGAAAAGUUUUUAUAAAUAGCUCUUUUACUAAACAUUUUAUACAGAAAAAAUAGUUAUAUAGUAAAUUUUCUAUAGAAAAUACUGUUAUACAACAAGGUUUAUCUCUUUUACCCUUUUUUAUAGAAUAGCUGAUAACAAAUUAACAGAUUUGUUUGUAGAAUUUAUAUUUUUUUUAAAUUAACAAUUUUAGCAAUAUCAAAAACUUUCCCUGAUUUUUUCCAAAACAAAAUGUAAUUUGGCUUAAUUUCAAUAUAAAAGUCUAACAGAAUGUCAAUUAAAUGUUUUCAUUAUUAUACCCGUGUUUCCUCUUUAUGGCAAUUAAAAAACUUGUGUUUCAUUAUUAAAAUUCUUAAAAAAACUUAACACGCAAACAUUAUAAGUGGUAUCAAUAACUUAAAAGUAUUUUUCUUUAAUUUAAAACAAAACCAACCUUAAAAUUGUAUUAUUUUAUUAUUAUACUAUGGAAGAUUUUUAAAAAAUGCUAAUUCAAAUUUUGGUUACUUAAUUUUUUAUUACUAUUAUGCCUGCCUUUAACAAAACGUCCUUUAACUAGAAAGAAAAUUCCCUCCAACCAACAACAACUACACACCUCUUUAUUGUAUUACAUUUUCUUAUUAAAGUUUUUUUUAUUGUUUUAUUUAAACAUUCCAUUUAACAUCAAUUAAUUAUAAAACAUAUUGAUAAAAACAAAUUAUUACACAAAAACAAAAAAACAUAUUUUUGUUUUAACACUUAAAUUAAUUUUAAGAAAUAAAAAACAUUUUCUAAGAAAAAAACAACAAAAUUGUUUUAAAAACAAUUUAUUAAAAGAAAGAAAAACCACAACAACUACUUAAUUUACUUAAACAAAAGCCUUUUUAUAAACUCUUAAACUUAAACUAUAGUUCCAAAACAAAGAAUUGAUAUAUAAAGUAAAGAGAUUUGUUAGUUACAACAAGAAAAAAAAAAAAAAAAACAACACCA